AUCUGUUGCAUGCCUUGUCUGUUGUUACAUAAGGGUUCAAGUGGAACAAUUACUUCAGAUGUAAAGAUCAUAAAGCCACUUUAGCUUCCUCUGUAUGUGAGAUGAAAGGAUGAGGUUUGAGAAAGGAUGUCACUUACCCAGCAUACAAAGAUUAGAUAGUUUCUUUUAGCUUUCAGUUAUUUUAGCUAGUUGAACAUGUAAUCAUCACAAUGAUGAUAUGCGUGUCUUGAGAAAAAAGCAACAGUUUCAUGUGACCAAGGAAGUAAUGUGCUGUUCAAAUCAUUGUGCUCUACAAGACCCAAGUAUUUAGUGUACAAAGAGCAAAGAAUUGAACGUGGACAAAUCGGAUGUGGUCAGUUCGUGAUUGCAGAACGAACAUGAGUGAUGAGAAUACAAUAGACAAUGACUACUAUGACUUAUACUAUGAAGACCAGAUGUGUAAGAAAGAUGAAGUGGUGAAAUUUGGAUCCAUUCUCAUUCCACUCUUCUUCUCAUUAGUUGUUCUGUUAAGCUGCAUCAGUAACGGCCUUGUUCUGGUCAUCCUGGCAGUUUAUGAGAACCUCAAAUCCCUGACCAACAUCUUCAUCCUCAAUUUAGCGCUAUCAAAUCUGCUGUUCACGUUUGGACUUCCAUUCUGGGCCUCGUACUACAUCUGGGGUUGGACGUUUGGAGACGGUGGCUGUAAAGCGGUGAAGUUUCUGUUCUAUGUUGGCUUUUACAGCAGUGUGUUGUUCUUGACUCUCAUGACCGUUCAGCGUUACAUGGCAGUGGUUCAUCCUCUGUCUGACUGGGAGAAAUGCAGAGGAUUUUCUAUCGCCCCCUCUAUCGUUUGGAUCCUGAGCGGAGCAGUUUCACUUCUUGGUUCACUUUAUAGCAAAGUUAUACAUCUUUCUGAUAAUACAUACUGUGAAUAUGACAGUGUUCAAGUGAAAUCUGGCAUCUCAUAUUUUCAAAAUGCUUUCUUCUUCAUUGCAUUUCUAAUCAUGGGUUUUUGCUAUGGCAGAAUGCUUCGGACGAUAACAAAAUCACGGACCAAUAAGAGACACAAGACCGUUAGACUAACAUUUUUUAUUGUGCUGGUGUUUUUUAUUGGUUGGGCUCCAUAUAACAUAGUUAUGUUCCUGAAAUCAUUGACUGAUCAGCAUAUCCACCCAUUCACAGACUGUACAGUAAGCAUUAGACUCGACUAUGCAUAUUAUGCUUGCCGAAUGUUAGCUUUCUCACACUGUUGCUUAAACCCUCUGUUUUUAGUUUUUGUAGAUGCAAGGUUCCGUAAUUAUUUACGAGCGAUUCCAAAGAGGGUCUUAUGUAAAGAUUUAAGUCUAUGAACAAUCUGCUUUGGAAAGAUACGAAUUACUUGAGACAGAAAACAAUAGCUUUGAAAGAGCAGAUUUGAUCAAAUCAUCACUGGUUACAAAUAACAUAAAAUAUUGGAAUGCUAUCUUUGUGUAAAAGCAUGUGUUGAGCAAUGUCGGAGAAAGUUACUUUUAAAAAGUAAUGCAUUACAAUAUUGCACUACUUACAUUACUUUUCGUAAAAAGUAACUGUUACAUUACUUUUUCUCACCUGGGCUGGGGUUGCUUGUUUGUUUUUUAAUAACAACAACAACAAAAAAGUUCUAUUUUUGGCAAAUGUUAAGGCCCUUUCACAUCAAAAGCCUCAGGCUGAAGGAAAUGCAUAUUCACGCCUGUAAAGUAGAGAGCGCCGCUCAAACUAACCUUUCAGCAGUGCUGCCAUUCUGGAUUGAAGAAGAAUAUGAUACAGGAGAAGGAAGUUUAACACUCUUAUUUCUAAAUCUAAUCUUUUUGCCUAUUAGUAUGGUUGAAUUUGAUCAUUGAAAGUCAGCA